AUGUCUUCACAGGCCGAGUCCCGCCUUCGCGUUGUGAUCGUUGGCGCGGGUGAGUUAUUAUUCACUCGAAUUGGAGGUGUUGCAGCUGCAGUGGCAUUGGGGCGAUGCGGACACCAAGUAGUGAUACUGGAGAAUGCCCCAGAGUUGCUUGAAAUUGGGGCAGGCAUUCAGGUCGCUCCCAACAUGCUGCGGCUACUGGACAGAUGGGGAAUUGGUGACGAAAUACGCGCGAAAGGCGUCAAAACACAACGCGUCAAGGUCUUGAGGUGGCAAAAUGGCAAGGUUCUAUCUGACAAGGUCAUAGACGGCAGCCACGGGGAGCAAUGGGUAAUCCAUCGUGCGGACCUGCACAAUGCGCUCAUCGCAAAGGCACAAUCUUUCGAGGGCGUGACCAUGCGACUGAACAGCACCGUCGUGGAUGUCAACUUCCGUGACGCAUCCGUUCAACUAAGUACUGGAGAGUGGGUAUAUGGAGAUGUGGUGUUGGCAGCAGAUGGAAUCAAGUCUGCAAUUCGCAAACUCCUCCUCGAUGAUGAUUCUGACAUUGCGAUUCCAACCGGCGAUGCUGUUUUCAGACUCAUUCUUCCUCGGGACCUGAUGGCUCACGAUCCAGAGCUUCUGAAAUGCGUCACAGACGCCACUGUUCGACGCUGGGUAGGCCCAGGUGGGCAUAUUGUGGCAUACCCCGUGCGGAAUCAUCAGCUCUACAACAUCGCCAUGGCACAUCCGGACAGAGGAGGUCUCGAAGAAUCGUGGACUACCCGGGGGUCCAAGGAGAUGCUUCUAAAGGAAUACGAAGGCUGGGAUCCACUGUUGGUCAAAAUGCUGACUCUCGUCCCCGAUGAAGAGGUUAUGGAGUGGAAGCUCUGCUCCCACCCGCCGUUGAAGACUUGGACAAGAGGCUCAUGCGCUCUUCUUGGUGAUGCUUGCCAUCCCAUGCUGCCAUACGUAGCACAAGGUGCUGCGCAAGCCGUCGAGGAUGCCGCAGCACUUGGUGUGAUACUUUCUAGCGUCAAGUCCAAACUGGAAAUCCCCACCGCGUUGGAGUUUUAUCAGCGGACUCGAAAGCUGAGGGCAGAGACAGUGCAGAAUUUCGGGACGGAGACGAGGGCAUCUCUUCAUCUGGCAGAUGGGCCAGAGCAGAUUGCCCGGGACACGCUGUUUGCUACACGCUCCAAUCCGGACCGCUGGAAUGAUGCUGCGAGCCAGCAGUAUUUAUGGAGCUUUGACGCUGAGCGAGAAGCGCAAGGCUCUGCAUACGUCCGGGAAGACAGGGGUGGCAUUGUAGGUCCUCGGCUUUAG